AUGAAACUGACGGACCUCGCUCAAGAACUUGUGGACCUCAUUGUCGAUGCUUUGCUCUACGGCGAUCCAAAGCUCCUCAGCAGCUCGACACGACAUGACUUACGGACCUGCCUCUUUGUUACUCAGAUGACUCGAUGUCGGGCUGGACAGCACUUAUUCCGUUCCAUCAGGAUCUCAGACGAGCAGGAUGAGGACGUCCUGACCUCCUUGAAAACGUUGUUACAGCUUAUCAGCCCAAACACAACCAGUGGAAGGGUCGGUAUUGCUUCGUUUGUGAAGGAACUAUCUGUCAAAUUCGUUCGCUUGGAUGCCGAAGGCUUUCUGGACAACAAUGAAACUCUCAUACCCCAGAUAUUCGACGCACUCGAUGCCCCGCAAUACGGAAGCUCAUCUUUAUCCUUGUCUUUCCCUCCCCGAUCCCAUAGUUUCGGUCUAAAUUUGGAGGAACGACCCGAGGCGUUGCAAAAGUCGUUUUAUAAACUCCUGCACUCACCCCAUCUUCGUACGCUUUCCCUCGAGAACAUCUGCGGCUUCUCGGCUACUAUCUUUCAUGGAUCGCACAUUGAAACCCUUCGUCUCAAAAACACUGGAUACAAAGACUGGGACAAUACAGACAAAUUCCAUAAAAUUCUCCGAGCCGCAGAGAGCCGCCGAGUACCUCGAGGCGAGAUUUCGCAUCUCCGGACUCUUGACAUCGACAAUUCUGCCCCAUUGCAUCCUUUUAGAUCUGAGGAAGGCUUACAACUCCAUCAGCUGGAUUCCUUUGUCGGAAACAUUCAUGAAAUCGCUCAUCUUAGAAAUGUGGGCAUGGUUAUACGACAGGCGAAGAAAAUCAAGAUUAUUUCCUUCCAUUUCUUAGUGAACGACGAUGCCCAACUUUCACCUAUCCCGGGUUCCCUGAAUUUGCGUGACCUGUCUAAUUUAAAACACCUGGAGAUUGUCAUUCCCCGACACACACCUUCCAACUCAAUGCCUGACGGUAUCGACUCGAUCGCCGAGAUUCUUGACAUGCCGAUACCCCCAGAUCCGCUCAUCACAUUCGAAAUCAAGAUAAAAAUGCCAAUGGUUGAAGCUCGAUGA